CUCCCCGCCAUGUUUGUUGAGGGCAGCUUGCUGUCCAUAGGGUCAGUUUGCUGAGAACAGUAGAUAGAUCUGCACAGCCGGUGGCUAAUAAGGGGACUAAAUAGAGGCGAUGAGCCUCGGCAGUGCGUCUACAAACGCCAUGUCCUCCUCAGCUGGCACGUCGUCUGGGAAGGGAGCAGGAAAGCUGACCAGUUUUGUCCCUGAGCUCCAGAGCAUGAUGUUUUCACUUGGAGAUGCGCGGCGCCCCCUGCAGGAGACUGCUGUGCUGGUGGAAGACAUUGUUCAUACUCAGCUUAUCAAUUUGUUGCAGCAAGCGGCCGAUGUGUCUCAGAUGAGAGGGGCCCGGGUCAUUUCCGCUGAAGAUCUUCUUUUCCUCAUGCGCAGAGAUAAGAAAAAACUGAAACGGCUGCUGAAAUACAUGGUGUUCCGGGAUUACAAAUCGAAAGUCCUCAAAGGCGUUGAGGAGGAGGAUCUAGAAGAGAAGCUGGCCGCUAACAAUAACGCAAACAAACGGCAAAAAUUAGCCCAGGACUUUCUGAACUCCAUUGACCAAACUGGGGAGCUCCUUGCCUUGAUGGAAGACGAUGAGAUCGAUGAAGUUAAGCAAGAACGGAUGGAGGUAAUGCUUCUUAUUUAUGUACUUAACCCUAUCACCAAGGGUGGUAUUCAAGUGCUUUACAUCAGUUUCUCUACUUGA